GACUGAUAAGAAUUGUUUUUGAAACAGACUGACUCGUGACCCGACGACUCAUUAUCAAUAAGACAUGAUUGUCAUGUUCUACCACAUGGAACUUAUUAUGUGUUGUAGAAACAUGAAGCGGAAACUGCAAGAUGAUGACGACUAACAUAGUGUUGCAAAUAUAAUCUUCAAAACUCACAUAAACAUUCGACCAAAAAAAAAAUUUCACAGAAGCAUGAAUACAUCUUCCAUGGUGGUUCAUUGAAACAUUAAAAAUAUGUACCAUGAUACUCACGUUUAAGACUUUAGUGUAGGUUAUUAGAGGAAUAUCGUACUUACGUAAUGUAGAAAAUAAUAAUCAUAACACAGCACGUAGUUUUAGAUGGGUGUGUUGACCAAUUCUAAUCGAGCAUAGAUUUUGGUUAAUAUAAUAGGAUUAAAUUAUUAAUAUUUGGUUGUAUAUAAUAGGUUGGACCAAAAUAAAAAAGUCCAAACGACCUUUUUAAGUAGAUUUAUUAAAACUAUUUUCCUUUUAAUAGUAUUGAUUUCUUUAUCGGAUUUAAUGGUAAUGAAAACAUGAUUAACGAUUAUUAAGUUAAUAAUUGGACUUGUGAGAUUACUUGAGAGAGACGCUAGGGUAAGAGACACGUCGUUUUCGAGAAAUGAUGAAACGGGUGUUGCAUUAUAGAUAAACUAAUGUGAUCUCCUGAUUUAUGUCAGAAUUAGAUGAUCAUGUAGUCUAUUUCAAGGCGUGUAUAUCUAUUUUUGGCACAAAAGGAAAAUGAAAGAUCAGAAAGUGUUGAACCUAUCAACAAUACCCGUUAACCUCUCCCUCUCCCUCAAAUUUCUCUUCCAUUUGUACUUGUAUGCUUUUUGACCUCGUUUAUUUUGUUUGAAUUUUUUUAUUACAAUAUUUUACCAAGUUAGGGGUUUUGUGAAACUGUGUCAUGCCCUUGAUUCUUCUUCAUAGUUAAGAUCAUUCGUUGCCUUUAAAUCAUCACGCUAUUGAUAAAAAUGGACAGUGGAGAAUUAAGUAGGGUAUUCCAAAUAUUUGACAAGAAUGGAGACGGGAAGAUCGCAAAGAACGAGCUGAGGGAGUUCUUUAAAAGUGUGGGUAUUCUCAUCCCUGAAAAAGAGAUUAAUGAGAUGAUAGCAAAGAUGGAUGUGAAUGGAGACGGAUUCAUGGAUAUAGAUGAGUUUGGAUCAUUGUAUCAAGAAAUGAUGGAAGAGAACGAGGAGGAAGAGGACAUGCGAGAGGCAUUCCGUGUAUUCGAUCAGAACGGUGAUGGGUUUAUCACAGGUGAAGAACUGAGGUCGGUUCUUGCAUCGAUGGGUUUGAAACAAGGAAGAACACUUGAAGAUUGCAAGAAGAUGAUUAGUAAAGUUGACGUUGAUGGAGAUGGUAUGGUUAACUUUAAGGAGUUUAAGCAAAUGAUGAGAGGUGGUGGAUUUGCCGCUCUUAGCUCCAGUUAAACGUUCCUUGUAUUUUCCUUCUGUUUCCGCUCACAAUAUUUUGUGAUAUUUAUCAAAAAACGUUUUGAAUUUUCGUAAUGAACACUAGAUUUUGCAAAAAGAAGUAAGAUUAACGAGGUUGUAUUUAAUCAAGCAACUGAGGAUUUGUGUUAAAAUGAUUGUUGUCUCCUAUUACUUUUAUAGACAGCACCGUUUUGUUGUUUCAUUUAAAAAUCAUUUAGUAAGCUGUCAGAUCUUUUGGUUUCUUUUCUUCUGAUGUCGAUCAUUUAAUUUUUGUGAUGUAAGGAAUUCUUUUAAAAUGGCUGAUAAGCUUGAAUACAAUGAUAGAAGUUUGCCUUAUGCCAUUGUUCAUGUUGAUUCAGUUCCACUAGGCUGACUAUGUCAGCUUCAAAAUCUUCUUAGGAUUAGAAUAGCCUUUUGUUGAAAAAAAAAUAAAUCAUACUGACCCAAACUCUAGCUUUAUUUCUUGGCUAAUUGUGUAAUAUGAAAUCAAUACCUACUGAAAGUAUACACGAUUUUUACAGUGGGCUUAGGAGAAGUCUUUGUCUUGAGAUUGGAUCUAGGCAGAGAGCAUAAUAGAGCUAAAGUAUACUUUCACUACUUUUGCACCCGGUUAAAAGUUUCUUAUGUACUCUUUGAAUAAGGAUUAAACCAAUCUUAGUUCAUUACAAAGAACACAUUGCCUCGAUGAAGGCAUGUGCUUGGAGAGAGGUGAUCGUGCCAUAGAUGAAAGACAAUUGUGCCUUGAGAAGUGAGUGUUUAACAGAGAUUAUUUGUCUUGUUCUCUGUGUUUUUCUGUAUAUACCCUCCUAGGUAUGCUGUCUCUUUCUUUUUCCUUCUAGUGUUUUCGGCCGACAUACUUUUCCUUGGUGAUUUUCAAAUAUUUUAAUGGGUCGAGUUCAUUGUUUAAUAGAACUAGUUGAGGGGCAAAGCCUAUCUCCAACAAUAAGCCGCAUUCCUCCCCACAGUUCGUUGAGAGAAAUGAAAUUGAUAUAUGUGAAUUUUACGAAAGGGGUUAUGAGAUAAUGAACUCGGCGCUUUGUGCCUAUGACGAUCUAGGUGAGUUUCUGUAAACUCAUUCCUAGAUGAAAGCAAGUUUACUGUGAACUCAUGCUUAGAUGAAGGUGAGUUGACUUUGACCUCAUUGCUUGAUGAAUGCGAAUUUACCUUCAUAUAUGGUGAGUUGAACUCAUGCCUAGAUGAACAUAUCGGCUAAGUGUCUGAUCAGGAUAUAGUCGAUGAGAUCAGUCAAACAUAUUGGUUAAGUGUCUGAUCAGGACAGAGCCAACAUUAUCAAUCAAACGUAUUGACUAAGUGUCUGAUUAAAACAUAGUCGAUAUGUUGCGAACUCGAGUCUAAGAUAACAUAUUUUUGAGCGUUACUUUAACUCAGCAUUGUGUAGUUAUAUCCUUCAAGAAAACCAACUAUGCCAACGUUCGAAGAUCUGCCAAGUUUACUAUGUCAGAUAUAUGGGUAAUGAGGUGGACAUGAUAUGCGAAUAUCAUUCGCUUUGGCAAUUCUAGUGUGAUAUUGAUGUAUCUAUCAACUCAGCCUUAUUAUAAAGACUAUUUGAAUGUAACUUAUUUAAGUUAUUCAAUCCGGUGUAUAACUCGUACCUGUCAAGUUAGGCUAUACCCAACUUGCGAAUGGCAUUAUUCAAAAACUUAUUUGUAACUCGUAUCUGUCAGGGUCAGUUGUACUCGACAUGUGAGAGUUGGCUUGGACAAAGAGCUCUUAAUCGUCAAGAUCAAAG